AUGCCGCCGUGGCUACCUCACGUCGAUCCGCAGCUUCUGCCGCAGAUACUGCACCUCGUGUUGGCAUCAUCCGACGAGAAAGCGUCUGAAGAGUCGUUUGCUGCCAAGAGGCCAUACGAGGUCAAGGAGAUAGCUGGCAAGGGCAAAGGAUGCAUAGCUACCCAUUCCAUCAAGCGUGGGAGUGUGAUACUGAAUGAGAGACCGCUUUUGGUCUGGCGUCAGCAAUUGUCCCCUGACGAGGCUGAAGACCUCGCCAGCACGCUCGAUGGCGAUGUGCUCGAGAUCUUGGCAGACUUGUCCGAUAGCGCAAAGGAGUACGAGCCUGACUUGCACCCUAUCUUGGCUAUACGCGCGACCAAUGCUUUCAACGUCGAGCUGCCACCCCUGCCUGCCUCAUUGAAAACGCCAACUCAUCUGAAGCAACUGGCCACUCACGCGUCGAUGCUGUUCCCAGACGUAGCGAGGCUCAACCACUCCUGUUUGCCCAACGCAGAUCACUGUAUCAACUGGUCAGAUCUGUCAAUGACGGUCUACGCCACGAGCGAUAUUUCGCCAGGUGACGAGAUCCUGAUCGAGUACACAUCCGCACUCAUUCAGGCCGACAGAGCGAGGCGACAGGAAAGACUGCGAACGAUGUUUUACUUUCAAUGUCGUUGCGACGCAUGUGCAUUGGACGACAUCGCCGGACAGGCUAGCGAUACACGCAGGGAAGAAAUCGAUCGAUGCAUAAAGUCGAUCGAUGAGGAUCCCAGGGACCGCCCGAAGGUGCUCGAGAUGCUGGGUAGGGUGCAAGAGCUCAUCAAAGCAGAGGGCUACCGUGCCAUGCCCGAGUUCGACUCGCCUGCCGUCUCGACGGCGUUCACGAUGUAUGCCACCCGUUUUGGCAAAUCUUGA